AUGAAUUUAUUCAAUCAAUCAAAUAACAAAGGAUAUAAAACAGACUUUGAGGGAGAAAUUAGUGGUACUUUGGCAAACAUAUUAUCGAAAAGCUUUUCUGAAUUUAAUGAAUUUGAAACUUAUCUCAAAGCUAUUCGAACUUGGGGAGCACAACUUUCUGGCAUUUUGGGCGGCAUAAGUGGACUACAUCUUAGUAUUUAUUCCACUAGACCAGUGAUGUGCACUUGGAAGAUUGGAAGCACUCUUGGAAGCACUUUUGGAAGGGUCAUAGCUGGUUUAUUUUUUUUUCUUUUAGUUGAUUCUGAACUUUUACCACGUAAAGAAAACGGUGUUGGUUAUGCAAGCUUAAGCAGGUAUACAGACCAGUGUUGUGCUGGGACAUGUCCCAGAUGUGCUUGGGACAAUUGGGACAUAAUGUGGGACAGCUUGGGACAUAGUGUGGGACAAGAAAUGAGUCGACAGAAUUCCAAAAGACAACCAGAUAAGAGAGUUUAUGUAGAAUAUGAAAUUAAGAAUUUCAAUUCACUAUAUAGUAUCAGUAUCACAGUCAAAAAUGAUAGCAUCAUGCAAAGUGAAAGCAACAAGAAGCGAUGUGGAUUAUGUGGUCAAGGUGGUCAUAAUUCACGAACUUGCUCACAAAAGUAA